CGAGAGAAGCGGCGUAGAGGCCGACGGACCUGCGGCCCUCACCUGGCCCUGGGCCCGGCCCCCGCCACCCCGCGCCGGCAGCGAUCCGGCCCCCGCGGGGUCGUGGCUCCCCAGGUUGGGGUUUGCUGGCUGGCUGUUGCUUACGCCCCAACAGUGAACUGUCGGAAGGUCGUUUUUGUAAGAUAAAUAGAGCAUUCAAAGGUACCAAGAAAUGUUUAAAAAUAGACGCGAGAUCAAAUGAAAGGUGAAACCGGGGAUGCAAGGAAAGGUAGAUUUUUCAAAAGUAUGACAUCUCAAGAGCUGAACCAGUCUAAUAGGUAACAUGUUUGGAGACGAGUUUGCACUGCUUGAUUCACCCUGGAAGUAAUGUGGAUUGAAGUUCUAAGAUUAGUGUAUCUUAUCGGCUGGACCCAGCAUCAUAUUUUUGUGUUCACUUAAAUCAGAACUUGUAUAAGAAGGAGAAUGGGAGUCUGGUUAAAGAAAAAUGGCUAUGUCAGAGACCUAAGAAGGGUCAGUCUCUGUCUCCUGAUAGUGUUUAUGGCCGUUUUAGUGGACACAGAUCAGGAUUUUUACAGUUUACUUGGAGUAUCCAAAACUGCCACCAGUAGAGAAAUAAGACAAGCUUUUAAGAAAUUAGCGUUGAAGUUACAUCCUGAUAAAAACCCGAACAAUCCAAAUGCACAUGGUGAUUUCUUAAAAAUAAAUAGAGCAUAUGAAGUACUCAAAGAUGAAGAUCUACGGAAAAAGUAUGAUAAAUAUGGAGAGAAGGGGCUUGAAGAUAACCAAGGAGGCCAGUAUGAAAGCUGGAACUAUUAUCGUUACGAUUUUGGUAUUUAUGAUGAUGAUCCUGAAAUCAUAACACUGGAAAGAAGAGAAUUUGAUGCUGCUGUUAACUCUGGAGAACUGUGGUUUGUAAAUUUUUAUUCCCCGGGAUGUUCACAUUGCCAUGAUUUAGCCCCCACUUGGCGAGAAUUUGCUAAAGAAGUGGAUGGGUUACUUCGCAUUGGAGCUGUGAACUGUGGCGAUGAUAGAAUGCUUUGCCGAAUGAAAGGAGUGAACAGUUAUCCAAGCCUCUUCAUCUUUAGGUCUGGAAUGGCCUCAGUGAAAUAUCAUGGAGACAGAUCAAAGGAGAGUCUAGUGAACUUUGCCAUGCAGCAUGUGAGAAGCUCAGUGACAGAACUUUCAACAGGGAAUUUUGUUAACUCCAUACAAACUGCUUUUGCUGCUGGUAUUGGCUGGCUGAUCACUUUCUGUUCUAAAGAAGGAGAUUGUUUGACUCCACAGACUCGACUCAGGCUCAGUGGCAUGUUGGACGGUCUUGUCAGUGUAGGAUGGAUGAACUGUGCUGUCCAGGAUAAUCUUUGCAAAAGUCUGGAUAUUACAACAAGUACUACUGCUUACUUUCCUCCUGGAGCCACUUUAAACAACAAAGAAAAAAACAGCAUUUUGUUUCUUAAUUCGUUGGAUGCUAAAGAAAUAUAUUUAGAGAUAAUAAAUAAACUUCCAGAUUUUGAACUACUUUCAGCAAAAACGCUAGAGGAUCGUUUAGCACAUCAUCGCUGGCUCGUAUUUUUCCAUUUUGGAAAAAGUGAAAAUUCAGAUGAUCCAGAGUUGAAAAAAUUGAAAACUCUACUUAAAAAUGAUCAUAUUCAAGUUGGAAGGUUUAACUGCUCCUCUGCGCCAGGCGUCUGUGGGGAUCUCUACGUUUUCCAGCCCUGUCUGGCAGUAUUUAAAGGACAAGGAACCAAAGAAUAUGAAUUCCAUCAUGGAAAGAAGAUUUUAUAUGAUAUACUUGCCUUUGCCAAAGAAAGUGUUAAUUCUCAUGUUACCACACUUGGACCUCAAAAUUUUCCAUCCAGUGACAAAGAACCUUGGCUUGUUGAUUUUUUUGCUCCUUGGUGUCCACCAUGCCAAGCUCUACUGCCCGAGUUACGGAAAGCAUCGACACUCCUUUAUGGUCAGCUGAAAUUUGGCACACUAGACUGUACCAUCCACGAAGGGCUCUGUAAUACGUAUAAUAUUCAGGCUUAUCCUACCACGGUGGUGUUCAACCAGUCCAGUAUUCAUGAGUAUGAAGGACAUCACUCUGCUGAACAGAUCCUAGAGUUCAUAGAGGAUCUUAGGAACCCUUCAGUGGUCUCACUCACACCCACCACAUUCAACGAACUGGUUAGACACAGAAAGCAUGACGAAGUCUGGAUGGUUGAUUUCUACUCCCCGUGGUGUCACCCCUGUCAGGUCCUGAUGCCAGAGUGGAAACGCAUGGCCCGGACAUUAACUGGACUGAUCAAUGUGGGCAGUGUAGACUGCGAACAGUAUCACUCUUUUUGUGCCCAAGAAAAUGUGCAGAGAUACCCUGAGAUAAGAUUUUUUCCACAAAAAUCAAAUAAAGGCUAUCAGUAUCAUAGUUACAAUGGUUGGAAUAGGGAUGCUUACUCCCUGAGAAUCUGGGGUCUGGGAUUUUUACCUCAAGUGUCCACAGAUUUGACAACUCAGACUUUCACUGAAAGAGUUUUACAAGGGAAAUAUCACUGGGUGGUAGAUUUCUAUGCAUCUUGGUGUGGACCUUGCCAAAAUUUUGCUCCAGAAUUUGAGCUCUUAGCCAGGAUGGUGAAAGGCAGGGUGAAAGCUGGGAAGGUGGACUGCCAGGCCCAUGCCCAGACAUGCCAGAAGGCCGGCAUCAGAGCCUACCCGACCGUUAAGCUGUAUACCUACAACAGAGCCAAGAGAAGUAUGUGGGAAGAGCAUAUAAGUGCUAGAGAUGCAAAAACAAUUGCUGCCUUCAUCUUUGGAAAAUUGGAAACGCUCCAAAAUCAAAAGAGAAACAAGGAUGAACUUUAAUGUUGAAGAUAGCAUCAGAAGAAGAGUCCUUUUAAGAAUGUUAACUGCAUUCGUGGUGGGAGUUAAUGAACAUUGUCUUCUUAUACUGAGAGAAGCUGCACUGCCUGAAGUCCACGCAUUGAUACAGUGAAAGGUCUGCAAACUUUUUCAGAAAGGACAGGUCACAGAUGUGUUAGGUUUUGUGCACUGUAUUUGUUUCUUUGUCACAUCUGUGUUUUUAAAGACGCUUUUAAAAAACAUAAAAACCCAUUCUCAGCUCAGGGCCAUACAAAAAUAGAUCACAAGCCAAACUCAGUCCUUGGCCUCAAAUGAUGGCCCCUAAAAAUGUCCUGAUGUUCAGCUGUCCCGUGAGCCCGUUCACGUAGUGGAGAAAUGUAACUUGAUUAUCAAAAGCGCUCAAAUGAUACCCUACUCAUGCUGUUACGUAGUAAAGAAAUUCCCGAUUGUGCUUUAAAAGUUGAAGGGGGUUAUAUUUUGCAAUUGAGAAAAUUUUGUGCAACUGUAAGUAUAAAAAUCUUACCGACUGCCUUACCACCCAGAAAAGCUGAGGGAGAGGUGUUCACGGUGGGUAAGCGGGCCUCUGAGUCACCCUCAUAGCAAGUGGGGUUCUGUGGCUUUAAAAUGUGUGUGCAUUUGUUUUCUGAAGUUGCUUUCAUAGAAAUGUUUUCAAUGACAGUUCAUUUUUUGAGGCAUCUUAUUUACAUAUUUACUGUUCUCUAUUUAUUUACAUUGAUUUUUCUGUAGCUGUGGUUUUCUUCUCCAAGCUAUUAUUCCAGUAAGAAAAGCAAUUUUAUAGAUUUAUUUUACUGUAGCUCAUAAUGAUACUGUGGUUGUUUCAGUCACUAACUUAAUGUCAGAGGCUGCCUUUUUCAGAUAAAUGUUGGCAUAACUGAAGUUAUUUUUAUAAGAAAAUCAAGUAUAUAAAUCUAAAAUGGGAUCUUUUAACUGCUGAGUUGUUUUGAUUCAAAAUGGCACAGAAUUUUUCCUUGCGUUUCCACAAAACUGAAACCUCUAGUUUAGUUAUAAUUCAGUGGAUAGAAUGCUAAAAAUUUCAGCUUUCCGAAAGAGGUUAAUGAAUAAAAACACUGCAUUUUCCAAAAAUUUAUUAGGUUUAUGGUGUAUUGGAUUUGGAAGAGUUUUGUUUUUAUCCCUUUACCCAUCUCCUCUUCCCCAGUAUUUCCUUUCUUAUAAAGGUCACUUUAGAGCUGUAAUGUGUAAAAAUGUAACCGACGAAUGCGUAUUCGUGCCAUCUUUUUCUUUAUAACGAUGGCUCCAUGUCUUGCAUUCUGCUUCAUACACGUUGGAACAGUUACCACUUUACCACCAACUUUUUGAAACACAAUUGAUGAUGAUCAACCAGUAAAAAGUCUGUCAUUUAUUAAAUUUUUUUAAACCUACAAGUUCUGAAAACAGUUGAAUGUACAGAAACCCCAAAGGGGAAAGGCUGCAGAGGUCCUGGGAAUGUGUGCGAGGUUAGCACAGCAGUUACCUGCGUGCCGGGCCCUGGGCGCAGAGUGUGUGCAGAAGCGGUGUGAGCCUGAGCCUUGUCUCUCGAGGCCAGUCCACAGCUCUGGCCCUGGACUCCAGCUUUAAAUGACCACCUGCGCAGCUACUGCCCACACCGAGGAAUGGUUCAGGCAGCAAAUAGUAAAUACUGUUCUUUGAGCCUGUGCAGUCAGCUGUGAGGCUGAAAAAGAAUGCUAUAUUGUUUGCUAUGGGACAGUUUAUACAGAGACAUCAGUUUAAUAAAAUGUGUAACAAGAGCAGCAUUUUUAAGUCAAAUAUUUUAACAGUUUUUGUGUAACAUUAGUUCAUCCUUGAAAUCUCCCCACAAAACCAAAUAAAUGUCUUAAAUUAGUCACAUUCAUUCUUUCAAAACUAUUAAAUAGUAUAAAAGUUAAA